ACACGAGGACAACUAACACUGGAAUACAGCUGUCGGCAUAAUAUUCGAAUGUCUGUAACUUAUUUGUUUACUUUCCCAGGAACACUCUUUAUAACUACGCAGGAUUCCUUCAAUUAUUUCCUUACAUUAAAUAUGGAAACAUGAGCACUGAAGAAACUUCAAUUGGGCUCACUCAAAAUCCUAGCUGGAGGGAAUGCAUAGCUCUGUUGGAAGAAAGUGUGCCUGAAGUCCUUGACCAUAUAUAUGUUACCAACUUCGCCAACACCACGAUUAAGAAUGAGGUGGAAGUCAUUGUGAGCAGAGUGAAAGAAGCGUUCAAUGAAACGCUUUAUUGCAGCAGCUGGAUGGACAAGGAUUUGAAAGACAGCUUACAGAAAAAAUUGACAGAAAUGCCACUGGAAGUAGGAUACUCGGACACGCUGUUAAACACGUCAGCACUUGAAGAUCUCUACAGAUACGUACCACGCUUUUCUUUGAAUAUUUCAUUCAUAGAAGCCUCGCGCUUCAUUAAAGAAAACUCAUACAAAAAGCAAUUGCGUAAGUUUAAGUAUCCAAAAGAGGACAAUUGGCGUUGGAAGCACAGUCCAAGAGAUAGUCGCCCGUUUCACGACAAGUAUGGAGGGAGAGUUGAAAUUCCCUAUGCACUCUUCCGACCACCAUUUUUUCAGCAAGGACUUCCAAGCUCAAUGAACUACGGUGGCAUCGGUGCUAUAAUUGCUUCCGAGAUUGGAUAUGCCCUCGUCAGAGGGCGCCUGCGCAAUCAGCGGCUUCGCAGAGGGGCGAGCAGUGAGGGAGCGCUAGCAUCAUCAGCGGCAGGGGAGACAGCUGUGGAAGACAACGACGACGAAGGCGCGAGCAAUGCACUGAGGCAAAGAACUUGA